ACCACAAGACCAAGACCAGGUCCAAGUCUUUUCUGAGUUUGAUGGUAGUGAUUUAAUUUCUCUCCUUUUUAACUACUUUUCGGAUGGUUAUUUCAUUUUGCAUUUUGCUCCACUUGUCUCUCCUUCCGAUAUUUCGAAACUCAGGAUCAUAUUCUCAAAGCAAUCACUUUAAUUUCUCCUCUUAAUUUCUUGACACAAUUAUUCAGUAUUCUUCAUUAUAUGGUUUCUGGAUUUCAGGCAUGGAUUUUGCAGAGACAAAAAGGACUAGCAAUGUUUCUGCCAGGAUUUUUGUGGCUGUUUUCCUCGUUACUUUUUGCAUUUUUUCACUCAGGAAGUCACCUAUUUUUAGCAGCCCGAACUUGUUCUCCAUUCAGAAACCAGGGGUGGCACAUGUCUUGGUGACUGGAGGUGCUGGCUAUAUAGGAUCUCAUGCUGCACUUAGACUCUUGAAUGAUUCAUACCGUGUUACCAUUGUGGACAAUCUUUCUCGAGGAAAUCUAGGCGCUGUUAAAGUUCUUCAAGACUUGUUUCCUGAACCAGGAAGGCUUCAGUUUAUUUAUGCUGACCUUGGAGAUGCAAAAGCUAUCAAUAAAAUUUUUAGGGAAAAUGCAUUUGAUGUAGUAAUGCAUUUUGCAGCCGUUGCUUAUGUUGGAGAAAGCACAGUUGAGCCUCUCAGAUAUUAUCACAACAUCACAUCAAAUACCCUUUUAGUUCUAGAGGCAAUGGCAGCUCACAGAGUAAAGACAUUGAUCUAUUCCAGUACUUGUGCAACAUAUGGAGAACCAAAAAAGAUGCCCAUCACCGAAGAAACUGAGCAAGUGCCAAUUAAUCCAUAUGGCAAAGCCAAAAAGAUGGCUGAAGAUAUCAUACUAGACUUUUCGAAAAAAUCAGACAUGGCUAUCAUGAUCUUAAGAUAUUUUAACGUGAUUGGAUCGGACCCAGAGGGAAGACUAGGAGAAUCUCCCCAUCCUGAACUACGCGAGCAAGGUCGGAUAUCUGGUGCCUGCUUCGAUGCAGCUAGAGGAAUUAUUCCUGGACUCAAGGUGAAAGGAACAGACUAUAAAACAGCUGAUGGCACUUGUGUGAGGGACUACAUAGAUGUCACUGACCUGGUUGAUGCUCAUGUGAAAGCUCUUGCCAAUGCAAAAUCUGGGAAGGUUGGAAUCUAUAAUGUUGGCACUGGAAAAGGUAGAUCAGUAAAAGAGUUUGUGGAGGCAUGCAAGAAGGCAACAGGGAAGGACAUAAAGGUCGAAUACCUUGACCGCAGGCCCGGGGAUUAUGCUGAAGUUUAUAGCGACCCGUCCAAGAUAAUGUGGGAGUUAGGUUGGACAGCGAGGUACACGGACCUUCAGGAGAGCUUAGCGAUUGCAUGGAGAUGGCAAAAGUCACAUCUAAAUGGUUAUGGCCCACCUGCUGCUAUAGGUCAAUAGUGACCACAAAUUGUUCUCAAGGAAAGUAGGAAACCUCAAACAAUCGUAGAGUUAGACAUGCAUUGGGUUUUUAUUUGUGAGGCAGGUUGUUCCCAAUAAGCCAUUGGGGUUUUGGGAAAGGUUUCUUAGCGCACACAGCUGGAAGUCCUUCCCCUUUAGUUCAUAAGGUGCUUUGGAAGAUGAGUUUUGAUACUUUGCCCAUUCCCCGCACAACAAAAGAGAAUGAAAAAAGAAAUUAAAGGAGAAAACAAAAGAAAGAAAUAAGAGAGAGAACAUUAAAUUAUAUAAUUACAGAAACAAUUUAUACUUCCACUGUAUAUGAAGAUCAAAGCGGUUAUGUAAAUAUUUUAUCUACGCUUCCACUUUCUCAGCUGGGCCUGAAUCAUUGCAUACAUUGCCUUUUUUUUUUCUUUUUUUUUUGAUACCCAGAAAUCCAUUGCAUACAUUCACUUUUCCCCAUUACAAUUCAGAAGUUAAUUUAAAGGGUUCAUAACUGUUGGAAAGUUAGGAAAUAAUAUCCCAUAGAAUCAGGAAAUUAGAAUUUGAAUAUUUUCUGUUUUAGAUAUUUCCGGAUUUGGUUCUGUUUCCUUUUUCUUGCUCCUUAAUUCUAGGAACCGGAGAUAUUGUUCUCUUCUAUCUAAACUAAUGUAACCUAUGUUAUGAAUAAUAAGAAAGAGAGAGAUUUCUGCUCUCUAGAUU